CGAUCGAGUCGGACAUCUUUGUUGUGGCAAUACAAAACGAAAGUACUACAUUUAUGUACAUACAAAAUAUAUAGAUACAUGAUUGAAGAAACCAAGAUUGAUCAAAAAUCAAAGUACAGUCAUGGCUUCCACACAAGGACAGGAUGUCGUUCUCUGUCAACUGUGUACCAAUCCUGUAGAACACCAUUGUAACCUUUGUCGUGUUGACCUUUGCUCUCCCUGUAUACUAAAGCACCUAGCGGACAAAACAAACAGACAUGAAAUUGUAGAGUUCAUCAACAGAAAGGAAGGACCUGUUUUACCUGAGUGCGACACACACAAGAAAAACCGAUGUGAAAUGUACUGUAGAGAAUGCUGUAAACCAACGUGUGCAUUGUGCGUCACAACUUCACACAAAAAACACGACAUUACUGACAUUGGAGAAAUAAUUGAGAAUAAAAAACAACAAAUAUUCGCUGAUAUGACAGAGCUUGAAAAUUUCAUUGUUCCAAAAUACAGAAACUUUACACCAGCUUUUCCGUCUGCAGAAUUUGACAAAGCUAUCACUGCCAUACAAGACCAAGAGGAUAGGAUAUGCAAUUUGGCCCGUGGUAUUGGCAGCAAAUUGCGGGAUGAAGUUACACAACAAAAACGAAAAUCUGAGCAGGAAUACAAAGAAUUCCAAACAUUGGCAAUGGAAACUGAAAUAGAAUUGAAUAAAAUAAUUCAGAACAACAAUGAGGUUAUUAAAGCUGGCGAUGCUACGGCCAUUAUGAGUUAUAAAUCGAGAAACGAGAAAUUUAGAGAUGGAAUGAAAAAAAGCGAUCUGUCUUGCCCGAAUUUCGUCCCUGUUCUGGUUAAAGAGAACCAGAUUCUGGAUAUGUUUGGAAAGCUUCAACUGAAAAAUAGCAAUGUCUCCGACAAACAACAAAGUGUGCUACAAUUGAUGGAAACUCCUGUCACCUUAAAAGAAAUUCAAAGUCCUUAUGGAAAUAAAUCAGAACUUUGGAGAAUAACGUGCGAAGGAACAGGAAAACUCUGGGUUAGUGGAAACAAUGGAACAAUUAAUCAAAUAGACUGGGAUGGAUCUAUUUUGAAAACAAUAAACCUUUCGAAAAAUGCAGUAGGGUUAUCUCUUAAUGUUCAGCAAGAAAUUGUAUUCAUUAAGGGUUGGGAAGACACAAAGGUUUUCAAGUAUAAGAAUAACAAUGUAGUGACACUUUUGGAACUUUCUAACUGGCGACCAAGAGGACUUUGUCAUACAAUAAAUGGCAAUCUCUUGAUAAGCAUGCGCUCUUUGGAUGAAGCACAAAGUAGAGUGGUGAGGUAUUCAGGAUCUACAGAGUGUCAGGUGAUUAUGAAUGACAAACGGGGGAAACCAUUGUUUUCUGUUCAUUCUCGAACGGUGCUUCAUCUGAUUGAAAAUGGCAAUGGAGAUAUUUGUGUAGCCGACUAUGCCGGGAAUGCUGUCGUGGUGGUGAAUUCUUCUGGAAUUUUACGAUUUCGUUAUGGAGGCAAUAAGAUCACAAAAAAGAAGAACAAAACAUUUGAACCUCUCAAUAUUGUUAAUGACAAACAAUGCCACAUACUUAUUCAUAAUCAAUUAAAUAAUAAUGUCCACAUCAUAGACUGUGAUGGUAACUUUAUCCGGUAUAUCAAGUAUCCGUGUAAUGGAGGCAUCAGUGUCGAUACUGAUCACAAUCUUGUCGUUGGAGAAUCAGUUACUGGGAAAAUUCGAAUCACCAAAUACCUUGAAUAGAUUGUCUGCAGUAACUUAAACAUAAAAAAAUAUCAUUAGAUAGUCCGAUUUUUAUCCCCUCGCGCAACUUGUUGCGAAGGGGAUAUAGCAUCGCUACCGUGCGUGUGUGUGUUCGUAUGUGUGUGUGUAUGCAUGUAUGUGUGUAUGUGUGUGUGUAUGUGUGUAUGUGCACUCCAUUUCAAUUUUCUAGUAAAUUAAUAAAAAACCUUCCAAUAGAAUUUCCUCCACCUUUGCACAAAUAUACCUCAUUGUAAAAGAUUAAAACAAAUGCAAUGUCAUAUUAAUUGGUCAAAUUUUUAUGCAAAAACUUAGAUAAAAUUACACCAUUGUAAAGGAGGGGGGCAUACAAUUAUGACAAAAUUCGUUCAAAACUAAAAAUAUUU